UCAGCGACUUAUAGUGGGACUGUGGCGGGCAUUUUGACGCUGGGGGGGAACUGACUUGGUCUUACUGACAUCCACAGUGACACCAAUACAGUGAUCGGUACUAAUAAAAAGCACUGACACUGUACUAAUGGCACUGGGCAGGAAGGGGGUAAUAUGAGGGGUGAUCAAAGGGUUAAAUGUGGGAUGGUGUGUUGGGGCUUCACUGUAAGCACACUGCUCUGGAUGGCUGUGCUGUGCACAACCAUCCAGAGCAGUGUGCCCGAGCCGACAGGGAGGAUGACUGUUAGUAAACAAAGCAGCCCUCCUCCCCAUCAGAGAUCUUCGGUAAUC